CUCCACUCACUGUUUGCGCGCAGAACGUUCGCAGACACCAACAUUUUGUACAUUUGAACAAGAGACAUUUUCAUAAUUUUUUGGUUGUGUGCUGUUAACCAUUACCAGCUUACAUUUUCAAAUUUGGGCCCAACAUUUAUUUUUGUUCUAAGUUUUUGAGUUUUACUAUCCGAAAUAAAUAUAUAUUAACCACUAACAUUUGUCGUAGACAAACCCUGUGGCCUCGUCUCUCUCUGGGAAUGAUGGAGGCGCUGCUGGCUGUGUGGAUGGUGGGGUUGGUGGGUCUGCACAGAGCUCAGGGCUACAGUGCUGGAGCACCAGGGUCCACCUGCACCACCAUGCUUCCAGAUCACGGCACCAACACACUGACCGGCACACCCUACUCCAUCGUCACCAACAGCAGCACCUUCACCUCUGGCACCAAGGUUAAAGUCACCAUCGUGGGCACCUUCAAGGGCUACUUCCUGCAAGCGCGAAUACCCGACACCGCGACCAUCGUGGGCACAUGGGACACCCCACCUACAGGCAACAAAUUCGUACAGUGCAAUUCCGUGGCAAACGACGCAAUGACGCACUCCAGCAGAACCUCCAAGACGAAUCUGAGCUUGUAUUGGAUCCCCCCGACUACAAACCCUCCCAGCUCUGUAGUGUUUGUAGCGACCGUGGUCAAGACGGAACCCGAAUGGCAAAUGAACGUGCAGUCGGCGAAGGUCAAUGCCUCAGGUUAUGUAGCCACAACCAAGCCACCAGCUCAAACCACAACCAAGCCACCAGCUCAGACCACAACCAAGCCACCAGCUAAGACCACAACCAAGCCACCAGCUAAGACCACAGCCAAGCCACCAGCUAAGACCACAACCAAGUCACCAGUUAAGACCACAGCCAAGCCACCAGCUAAGACCACAACCAAGCCACCAGCUAAGACCACAGCCAAGCCACCAGCUAAGACCACAACCAAGUCACCAGUUAAGACCACAGCCAAGCCACCAGCUAAGACCACAACCAAGCCACCAGCUAAGACCACAGCCAAGCCACCAGCUAAGACCACAACCAAGUCACCAGUUAAGACCACAGCCAAGCCACCAGCUAAGACCACAGCCAAGCCACCAGCUACGACCACAACCAAGCCAGGCAACUCUGCCGGGCGUGCGGCCCUCGCCAUGUCUGGGUUCUCGCUGGGCGCGCUGCUCGUGGUCUUCACAGCCGCGUGCUGCCGUUGAUUCCACCGGCGAAGUCACGGAGUCCUUUCAGCGCGUGCAACGAUCCCUAGAAGUAACGAUCUUUGGUGGGGGGUGGCGGGGAGGGUGGGCAAUGGGCCGGGUUUCUAACUUCAUUCACAAUCCGGCAAAACAACUCAUAUCGCUGCGACGAGGCGAUUCGGUUGGAACGAGCGGAGAGGGGCGGGCGCCAUCCACUCGGACCCAGCAUCUAGAGUGACCACGAGUCCCCAGGGCUCUCCGUUCGCCCCACGUUCACUCUCUUGCACUCUCGCUCACAGCGCACCUCCGGUCCCUCGUGACCCUGCCUCUCCCGUCCCUCUCCACUCCAGCUCAACGAAAAAUCUCCACCAGCGCUGAAAUACAUCUCCUUCUCUCCUCCGCCUGUUGUCCUUGCUUCUCUUACCCCCCCCCCCGCCCUUUCCGUCUCGAAUCUUCUCCUGUCCCAGAUACGCCCGGUCGCUCCGUACCCUUGGCAACUCCCGCCAAAAUCCCCCCCUCCUCCGGCUCCCUCCUCGGGUAACGCCCCCACCUCAUCAGCCGAUCUCCAUGGCAACUACCGCCACCACUCAUCCUCGAGACGUUUGUCCCAACGUCACUUGGCCGCCUUCUAUCCAUCGACACCUGUACACUCACCCCGUUAUCUCCCCCUCAUCCCAUCCUCACUCUAGCCAGGUUCCAUUUUGUCCCCCGCCACCCCAACCCAAAACUCUCGAGGCCUGUCCCCGGGAGUAACUUUAAGCCCAUUGCUGUUAAUCGCCGCCGAACCCCCUUUGACACGAGCCCGGUGAGAGCAUUCCACCGUGCCAUUUGUGGGUGCUGAGGGAAGGUGUUGUCUGGGUUACAUCUUAAUCAAUAAAUAAUAUUCUAAAAUUAAUCAUUGUCAUCGUCGUCAUUGUCUACGGCAG